AUGUACUUCUUCAGCCCAAGGGAUCGGAAGUAUCCGAAUGGUAAGCUUCCGAGCCGCAUAACUGGUGAAGGUGAUGGAUUAUGGAAGGCAACUGGUAAAGACUUGGAAAUUUUCAGUCAAAAGUGGAAGGCAAUUGGAGCCAGGAAGACCCUGGUCUUUUAUGAUCUGAAAUCAAAACAUGGAGCAAAAAAGACCAAUUGGAUUAUGCAUGAAUACACAAUCGACGAAAACAUCUCACCCUCCACAAGCACCACUAGAGCUCCUGGGGACAACAGGUUGGAUGAUUGGGUUUUGUGCAAGGUGUAUCCAAGUAAGAUGUCUAAACCUAAACCAAAUACUGGGGAUGGAGGGAAAACAGAGAUGAUAGAUUCAGAGCCAUUAGAGCAGGAUCUUCCAGUGCUCGAAAGCCCUGCGACUCCAAACCUAGGUGAACAAGUUAACGUGAGCAAUGAAAGUGUGCAAGCAUUAUACAAUGGAGUCAUGACAGUACCAUAUGGCUCUACUACUGGUUAUGUGUCUCAAGAGGUGACAAAUUUAGGUGCAAGGUCGCUUGCUCAUCAUCAACAAAACCUGUCAUUGCUUCCAAGCUUUUCGCAGCUUCCAGUUAUUAAUAAUGUUAGCUCUGCUAUUUCCAGCCUUGCUGGAGGAGACAACAACAAUGGAACGAUCACCACACCAAAUGAUGGUUCAAAUGGAUCUGAAAAGGUGAUAAAUUUGCAUAAAAACUUGCAUGCAGAUCAUCAGCAAGACCUUCCAUCACUUCAAAACUCUUCGAAGCCCUCUGUUAUUAACAGCGUUGGGUCUGCUAUUGCCAGUCUUGCCGGCAGUCCAGUGUUUCCUGAUUUCCAACAGGUUCCUCGUGGUUUUGGAGCUCAAUUUGGGACAAAUAUAGCUCCCAUAACUGGAAUCCAAGCACAUCAGUCCCCUCAUGGAAUUGGACCUCUUCAAUCUCGGCCAAGUUUGGACAAUGGCUGCCUCCCUCCAUUACCGCAGUGUUAUUACUAUUAUGAUGAUCGAGGAUAUAGUUCCUUUUGA